GUUGGCAAUAGUCGCGAUUGUCAUAUUACGCCCGUGGUGUCGCCUUACGACCGAAGACACCGAAGACCGGAGUGCGACCACAGCGAGCCAGAACGACGAACCAGAGAGAGAGAUCUCGUAGCUUAAUCAAGGAGUCAUGAUGAAGAGCGUAGUGGCUUUGCUGUUACUGGCUGUCCUUGCCACGGGACAGGCCAUUUCCUUCAACAAGAUUUUGGAUGCAGAGUGGUUUAUUUUUAAGACGCAUCAUAAAAAGGUCUACCAAUCUCCGAUCGAGGAGGGAUAUAGAAUGAAAAUCUUCUUAGAUAACACACGCAAGAUCGCCGAACAUAAUCGCAAAUAUGAGAUGAAGGAAGUUCCCUACAAACUGGGAAUGAACAAAUAUGGCGAUAUGUUGCAUCAUGAAUUUGUCAGUACUUUGAAUGGUUUCAAUAAGUCAGUGAGUGCUGGAAUAGAGUCUGUGGGAGCAUCGUUUAUCUCGCCAGCUAACGUUGAAUUGCCAAGAGAGGUCGAUUGGAGGAAACAUGGUGCCGUCACGGCAGUUAAGGAUCAAGGACACUGUGGAUCCUGCUGGGCAUUCUCAACCACUGGGUCUUUGGAAGGACAACAUUUCAGAAAUACUGGCGUUUUAGUAUCGCUAAGCGAACAAAACCUGGUCGACUGUUCUGGCAAAUACGGCAACAAUGGAUGCAAUGGUGGUUUGAUGGAUCAGGCAUUCCAAUAUGUCAAAGACAACAGAGGCCUCGAUACUGAGAAGAGUUACCCAUAUGAAGCGGAGAAUGACAAGUGCAGAUACAAUCCGAGAAACAGCGGCGCUAUCGAUGUCGGAUACGUAGAUAUUCCACAAGGAGAUGAGGAGAAGCUAAAGGCUGCGGUUGCCACCGUAGGCCCGGUCUCGGUCGCUAUUGAUGCCUCUCAUCCUUCCUUCCAGCUUUAUCGUGAAGGUACAUAUUAUUCAUAUAAAUUUACUUAA